AUGUCUAAACUACUAAUACUAGUCUCUUAUAUACUAAUUAUCAUAAUACUUACUAAUACUUCUUCUUCUUCUUCUUCAUUAAAAUCUAAUAAGUUGUUCAACAAAAUUCCAAGACUAGGUCUCACUAGAGACAGGUUGUUCCUCCACAACCCCGAAACCCUUCCGGAAGUUUCGAUUUCGAAGGAUUUAGAAACGUUUUUCUACAACCAAACAUUGGAUCAUUUCAACUAUAGGGAAGAGAGUUACACAAUAUUUCAACAAAGAUAUUUGGUGAACUCAAAGUAUUGGGGUGGCCCUAAUGCUCCAAUAUUUGCUUACCUUGGAGCUGAAGCAUCUAUUGACUAUGAUAUCAAUGAUAUUGGCUUCAUCAAUGAGAAUGCCCCUCACUUUAAAGCUCUCAUUGUAUUUAUAGAGCAUCGAUAUUAUGGAAAAUCAGUUCCAUUUGGAUCAAGAGAAGAAGCAUUAAAGAAUGGAAGUAGCUUGGGUUAUUUUAACUCAGCUCAAGCCUUAGCUGACUAUGCUCACAUUCUUCUUCAUAUUAAGAAAACAUACAAAGCUCAAUAUUCUCCCAUCAUCGUCAUCGGUGCAUCCUACGGCGGAAUGUUAGCAUCAUGGUUUAGAUUGAAGUAUCCACACAUAGCCCAUGCGGCAUUGGCAUCAUCAGCUCCAAUACUUUACUUUGAUGAUAUCACACCACAAAAUGCCUAUUUUGAUAUUGUCUCUAAAGAUUUUAGAGAAGUUAGUGAGAGUUGUUACCAAACUAUAGUGAAGUCAUGGUCUGAAAUUGAUAAAGUUGCAGCUAUGGUUGAUGGUCUUUCAAUACUUAGCAAAAAAUUCAACACUUGCCGGGUUUUGGAGUCAACAUCAAAGUUGAAAAACUAUUUGGGAGGAGUGUACACAAGUGCAGCACAAUACAAUAGUCCACCAACCUAUCCAGUUAAUAUGGUGUGUGGAGGAAUUGAUAGUAAUAGCAAUAGCAAUGCUACCAUUCUUGACAAAAUAUUUUCAGGUCUUAAAGCUUACUUCUCCAAUACCAAUACCACUUGCUAUGUUAACAAACCCACAAACCUUACUGAAACUGAUGAGGGUUGGUCUUGGCAGACUUGUAGUGAGAUGGUGUUUCCAAUAGGCAUUGGGAACAAUACGAUGUUUGAAUCUCAGCCGUUCGAUCUACAAGAUUACAUCAAUGAUUGUAAAGACUACUAUGGAAUUUCACCUCGUCCCCAUUGGGCAACUACUUACUAUGGAGGCCAUGAUAUAAAACUAAUACUAAAGAGCUUUGGUAGCAACAUAAUAUUCUCCAAUGGACUCAAAGACCCUUACAGCAGUGGCGGGGUCUUGGAGAACAUAUCAGACAGCAUUUUGGCCAUCAAAACAACCAACGGGUCUCAUUGUUUGGAUAUUCGUCCAUCAGAAACAAGUGAUCCAGAUUGGUUAGUGAAGCAAAGAAAGAUUGAGAUCAAAAUCAUCAAGAAAUGGAUCACUCAAUACUAUGCCCAUCUUAGCUCUAUUAAAAUAUAA